AUGGUUCGAAUGAGCGUAUUGGCUGAUUGCCUGAAAACAAUCAACAACGCAGAGAAGAGAGGAAGGCGACAGGUGUUGAUAAGGCCCUCCUCCAAAGUCGUGGUGAAGUUCCUACAGUACAUGCAGAAGAAGGGCUACAUUGGAAAUUUUGAAAUUGUGGACGACCACCGAUCUGGAAAAAUCGUGGUAAACCUUCUGGGCCGAAUAAACAAGUGCGCCGUCAUUUCACCCAGAUACGACGUAAAACUGGAAGAGAUCGAAAAAAUUAUUACCAGCAUUCUACCCAGUAGACUCUUUGGCCACUUAAUCCUGACGACCCCCUACGGAAUUAUGGACCACGAAGAAGCGAGAAGAAAACACACAGGAGGCAAGGUCCUUGGGUUCUUCUUUUAA